CUUUGAUUGUGUAAACAAGGAACCCUUUUUUCCCAAGUGGUCCUCCCUUCAACACACAUCAACCUCAACUUUUAUUUCUUUAUUUUCAUUUCUUAAAAAACCCACAACCUUUCUUUUCUUUCUCUCUCUAUCUUUUUAUUUUUCUUUGUUUUUGCACAAGUCCCCUUUUUCUUGAUUUGGACCUUUGUUCUUAUAGCUUAUACAAUCAAACCUCAAGUAUAUAAGGGAUUAUCAUAUACUAAUUAAUAUCAGAAUAUGGAGGACCAAGGGUUGGGCAUGUUGGGCUCCGGCCGAAGUACCGGCGGCGGCGGAAUGAACGACGCGGUGGCCAUGGCGGUCUCCGGCGAGAUGGGCCACCAGCGGAAUAAGGCGGAGAUCGCGGCCCAUCCGCUUUGGGAGCAGCUGCUGUCGGCCCACGUGGCGUGCCUGCGUGUGGCCACGCCUAUCGACCAGCUGCCGUUGAUCGACUGCCAGCUGUCUCAAUCUCACCACGUCCUCCGCUACUAUGCUCAGGCGGCCUCUCACUACUCGCUUUCCCCACAUGAAAGGCAAGAGCUUGACAACUUCUUGGGAAAUUACUUGUUAGUUUUAUGUUCGUUUAGAGAGGAACUGCAACAACAUGUCAGAGUCCAUGCUGUUGAGGCUGUCAUGGCCUGCCGUGAAAUUGAGCAGACUCUACACUCUCUCACAGGGGCAACACUCGGUGAAGCAAGUGGAGGAACAAUGUCAGAUGAUGAAGAUGAGCUCCAAAUGGAUUUGUCGUUAGACCAAUCGGGAGCCGAGGGGCAUGACCUCAUGGGAUUCGGCCCUCUGCUCCCGACCGAAUCCGAGAGGUCUUUAAUGGAGCGAGUGAGACAGGAACUCAAGAUCGAGCUCAAACAGGGAUUCAAGUCGAGAAUCGAAGAUGUGAGGGAGGAAAUACUGAGAAAAAGAAGGGCCGGGAAAUUACCAGGCGACACGACCACCAUCCUGAAAAACUGGUGGCAGCAGCACGCUAAGUGGCCUUAUCCGACAGAGGACGAUAAGGCAAGGCUGGUCGAGCAAACGGGUUUGCAGCUUAAGCAGAUAAACAAUUGGUUCAUCAACCAAAGGAAGAGGAACUGGCACGCCAACUCAGAAUCGGCUUCUUCUCUAAAGUCCAAGCGCAAGAGAUAGGUUGACUCGUACGUGAUGUGUUUCGACUUUCGACCAAGCAAAUUCUUACACGUGUCCAUAAGAGCGUUAAGUGACUUCUGAUUAAUUUGUGAACGAUAGGACAAUUGUGAAGUGAAUGGGAGUACUAAUUAAUGGGAUAGUAUAUAUUGUGCUAACAGAUUUACAACCUUGGGAAAUUAAUCAGAGGAUGGAGAACUAAAUGUACCUGAUAUGUAAUAAAGCGUGGCUUUGCAUUGUGAUAGACACUGACUUAAUCAGUGAAGACACUGACUUCUGUUUUAUUUUAUCCUUUUGUAGUGUUGGUAAGUAGUUUCUAGUGAAAGUGCAAAUAAUAUGUUCUUGAAAAUGAUUGAUAUUUAGUCGAAAUUUAGAAA